AUGUGGGACUCCCAGACCCCACUGAACUCCUGGAUGUCCUAUAGAGCCAUAGCCUCAGAGUGUUUUCUCUUGCCCCCUGUCCCUCCCAUCCCUGUUCCCUGCAGGAACAUCGUGCUGGCCUCACAUCUGAAGCCUCUGGAGAAGAAGGACAGGCUGGGGCAGAGGAGGAAUGUGUUGUGGAAUCCCUGUGCAGCCCCAGCCAAGGCAUCACCUGCCCACACUGAGGAGAUCCCACAGGAGCUGGAUCAGCUGCCUGGAACGGCUGCAGAAUUCCACAGGGAUUGGCGCAGGUGCCUGAAGAGCGGGACAGAGAAAUACCGGUUUCUGCUGGAGCUGGGAGGGGAGGCCUUGGGCAGGAUCUUCCGGGCUGACGUGGGCUUUGGCCUCCUGGGGGAAUUCCUGAGGGUGCUGGCAGAGAACUUCCAUCCUGGAGACGGGGCUGCCGUCCUGGAGAUCCUGCAGGGCCUGGCGGGCACCCGGCGCUUCGGGCUGAACGUGGAGCUCCUGAGCCCGGCGGAGAAGGAGGGCGGCCGGGAUCUGUUCAGGAAGCUGCAGGGCCUGAGCAGGGACUGCUGGGCUGCCGAAAAGCCAGGCCAGGAGGCAGGGAGGGAACCUCACGCCAUGGACACCCACUCAGAAAAGGAAGACGAGGAGGAAAGGACGGUGGUGGAGCUGAUGAAGUGUUUCCAGCUCGGCUGAGGGGGCUCAGGGACUAAAAGAGGCUCAGAAGAGACUCAAGGCCUGACCUUGGCAUCACCCAGAGCACGAGUUCUGCACAAAUAAAGUUCAGUUCCCGA